CCAUGGAUCUUCAGAUCUUCAGCAGAGGACAGAAUAAGGAGACGUACCAGAAGGCAGACAAGAUUAUUCCAAAGACCAUGGGACUAGUCCCUUCGGAUAUGACCAGCCUGGGGACACGCAACUCAGGGUUCUACGAGCACAGACGGAGUUCUGUGGUGCUAAACUUGCCUGGACUUGAGGUGUUCCCCGGGGACCUUCUGGUGUCCGAUGGAGCUGCUCAUUACCUGUGCCACCCACUUCUGCUGCUGAAUUCAGAAUCCAAAAAGCCAAGAUGGCCUUUCUCCAGGAGAGGAGUGCAGGGCAAGGACAGACACAAGCACAUAUCUGAUCUGGAAAACUUCCUCUCCUCUGUGAAGAUUACAGACUUCAGGACCUAUGAGUUCCACAGCUUUAAGAGUAAGACAUGGAGUGAAGUCAUUGAAACACAUCAAAAACUUCCUACCGAUCAGUUGGACUUGAGGAAGCAGCAAGAGGCUGUGUGGGAACUUUUCACAAGUGAAUGCACUUAUUUCUUGGACCAUUUAUUAGUUCUUAAGAUGAUCUUCAUGAACACACUAAAGUAUCUACAAACUUAUGAAUAUCUCCUGGAUGUGGAUUUAUGGAGACUUUUUGCAAACCUGGAGGAGUUAAGUCAGACAAGCUUUGGAUUUGUGAGCAGCCUUUUUGCCAUCAUCAAAGACUACUUUGAAGCUUCUGAGACUUCACCGUCCAUGGAUUUCAUUCCCGUGCUCACAAAGUAUUUCCGAGGGAGCCUCUGUCAGAGCCACCAGACCUACUGCCUGAAUUACUCAGCCGCUGUCUUUUAUCUGGAGAGCCUGAAGCAGAGGGAUGACUUUGGAAUUUAUUUAAAAUGGUGUGAGCAAAAUGAACAGUGCAGACGGCUCCACCUGCCUGAGCUGCUCGUGGCUCCACUGCACAGGCUGACUCGAUACCCCUUGUUGCUGAAAAAUAUCUGGAAAAGGAGCACAGAUGCCACGGAGAAGAUCAUGAUCUACUCCAUCCAGGAAAAGGUGGAAAAGUCAGUCCGAGAUCUUGAAGGAAAAGUGAAGUGGCUUGACAAUUUUCAAAAACUUAGACAUCUACAGGAGAUUGUAGUGUGGCCUCCAUUGUGGGAGAGAGACAAAAGGUUUUUCAUUCCAGAGAGCCUGAAACACAUUUUUAAAGAACACAUGGCGGAAAACAUCCUGUCACCAACCAACAGACACCUUCUCUAUGAGGGAAAAUUAACCCUUGCAGAAAGUACAAGAUUCCUAGAUGUUUAUCUGUUUCUCUUUGAUGAUUUCCUCUUAGUUACGAAAACUAAGCGCAACAAAAAGAAAGCUGGAGGCUCGGACACGGGUGUCAUGUGUCCGUCACUUACUCCUGAGCUACAAACAGUAAUAAAAGAGGGCGGUUCAUGCACCGUACUAGACCAGCCCAUCCCACUGGAUAGACUGGUAGUCAAAAGCAUCGAUCCACUCCACGUGUCAGUCUGUGGGCUGAGAAAUGCCUUCCUUAUUCAACAUGAAAACCGGUAUCGACAGUGUAUAGCAGCAUUCUUGUUACAAGCCCAAACGGAAAACAUCAAGAAAACAUGGAUGGCACAAAUAACAGCAGCAAUCUCUUGCUUCACCAAGAGUCAGGAAACCAAGAAAAUAUCUUUAUUCCCAUCGCCUGCUGAAUCCUCUGAAAUUUAGGACCUAAAACCACCUUUUGAGAAGUGAGGGAUGAGGGUAUGCUUUCAAAUUUUUUUAACACUUAGUGAUGAGCUAGAAAGAAAUGUGCCUUUUAAAGGAAUUCCAGAAUUCGAGCUAAGAAAAUCCUCAGUUCAGAGGAAUAAUGACUGCAACAAAUUUGAAUGGAAGAAUUUCUUGUCAAGUAUAUACUGAUAUUCAGACUGCCUUACAAUGCUUCAGUCUGGCUGACAAGAGGUGUGAGUGAGGUACGGUGCUGUCAUGAUUUGUAAAGGGUGAGUUAUCAGAUGCAUGGAGCACCAGGAGGAAAGGAACAUUUGUGUCCAGUGCGAGUUCUACCAUCUUUGUGUGUUAUCUGCAAUGAAACCAACUUCCCUACAUACAUGGCUUGUAAAUCGGUCUUACUGCUUUAUAGUCCUACCUCACACACAAUGAUAAUUCAUUUGAUACAAAGUUUGAUUGUUCUCUUAAUAUACUAAGCAA